AUGGCGCGUGUUUACGCCGAUGUCAACGAGCAUAUGCCUCGGUCCUAUUGGGACUAUGACAGUGUCAACAUUUCUUGGGGUGUGCUGGAGAACUAUGAGAUUGUUCGCAAGAUAGGCCGAGGAAAGUACUCCGAGGUAUUCGAAGGCAUCAACGUUGUCAACUAUCAGAAAUGUGUCAUCAAGGUUCUUAAGCCUGUCAAGAAGAAGAAGAUCAAGCGAGAGAUCAAGAUCCUCCAGAAUCUGGCCGGGGGCCCUAAUGUUGUCGCGCUGCUGGAUGUGGUACGUGAUAACCAGAGCAAAACCCCCAGCCUGGUUUUCGAGGCUGUCAACAACACCGAUUUCCGGACUCUGUACCCCCGCUUUACGGACUACGAUGUUCGCUAUUACGUUUUUGAGCUGCUGAAGGCGCUAGACUUCUGCCACAGCAAGGGUAUUAUGCAUCGAGAUGUUAAGCCCCACAAUGUCAUGAUUGAUCAUGAGAAGCGCAAGCUGCGACUUAUUGAUUGGGGUCUGGCUGAAUUCUACCACAAGGGUACUGAGUACAACGUCCGCGUUGCGUCGCGGUAUUUCAAGGGCCCUGAGUUGCUUGUCGACUUCCAAGAGUAUGACUACUCCCUCGAUAUGUGGUCACUUGGCGCAAUGUUUGCAUCCAUGAUUUUCCGCAAGGAGCCAUUUUUCCACGGCAACAGUAACUCCGAUCAAUUGGUCAAGAUCGCCAAGGUCCUUGGAACCGAGGAGCUCUUCGAGUAUCUGGACAAGUACGACAUUGAGUUGGAUCCUCAGUACGACGAGAUUCUGUCGAGGUUCCCUCGCAAGCCUUGGCACUCUUUUGUCACUCCUGAAAACCAGCGAUUUAUUAGCGACGAAGCCAUUGACUUCCUCGACAAGCUGCUCCGUUACGAUCAUGCUGAACGUCUGACCGCCCAAGAAGCCAUGGCCCACGCAUACUUCGAUCCCGUCCGUGCUGAUGUUGCCCGCAACAACAGCCAAUCUUGA